GUCUAGACUGCCGCCGCCCCCGAGAGUAUGGAGCCGAGCCGCAGGCUCACACUUGAGUGCGCACUAACUACUCUAGUGCUGGGUAUAUCAGCCCGUACUUUCUCUACACACCCUCUACGCGUGGUAGUGCCGAUAACACGUCGCCUAGGAUACAAGACCCGUCACAGCGUCUGCGGGGCAUUCCUGCACUCUACAACAACCUUUCUCCUACCCCCUUCCAUCGACGCAACUCAUAACCGCCGCCCUUCUUUCCCCCACCCUCUACCACCUCCCACCCUCCUCCACCUUUCACCACGUCUCACCCUCUUCCACCACGCAUCACACUGUUGUUGCAAAUGACCCCGACUGCUAACUAGAGUCCAAAAAAUACCACGGCCCUAUGGAGACACUGCGAAUACUGUUUCCUUCGGACGAGCUACAGGUCCUCCAGGGGGCCUACAGAGACGCAGACCACAAUCUCGAGGCCGCUAUCGGAAUCCUCCUUGAGGUCAAGGCCAACAUCUGGGGGCGGCAGCAGCAGCUACAACACAACGCGCGAGAGGUAGACGACUUGCAUCUGCGAAUGCACGCGCGGAUGCAACAGGGACAGGACGAAUGGUGGUGGUUGCAGAAUAACGAGGAGGAUCGACUGGACCUGGAGAGGCAACAAUGGCAGCCACGGCCACCUCCACUAGCUGUGCGGCGGAAUCGCCAGGUGGAGGUUAUAGAAUUGCCUUCGACGCCUUCUAGUCCGGUUGGGCUUGAUAAGGGAGAGCUGAAUGCCGAAGAGAUGGACUGGAUAGCUCAGGAUGAGAAUGCGGCUGAAGCUAGAGCCGGAGCUGUGAAUGGUGGUCGUCGUGGCAGUGGUAGUCGUCUACGAUUGACGACCGAAGACGAAUGUAUCACGGGGAUCCUACAAGUGCUCCCCGACGCAUGUCCGAAGUCCCUCAAGAGGCUGUAUCACGAGCAUCACACGCUGCAUCAGAACCUAAUUCCAUUUCUCGUCGAUAAGCUUUUGGAAGAAGGAUAUACUCGUGUCGAAAAAGUGGACAGAUUGAGCAGGAAGAGAAAGCGAGAGGCGAAUGAAAAUGUGGUGGAGGAGAUUUCGGAGUACGAUGCUCCAGAUCGUCGGGAGGAAAGUUGGGCAUACUAUGAUUUGACACGACACAUACUCCAACACGAAUUUCCCUUCAUUCCUGUAAAGUACAUCGACCAAGUAAGACGGGUGGACGGGUUCUUGGCCAAGUGUUACCGCAGUCUCGCCGCAGCUCAGAACACAGUCGAAUCAGGCAUUCGUCCGCUACCUUACGUCAAGAUGCUUAGACAGAGAAAACCCGCCCUCGUGGAUCUCAAGUUUGGCCCUGUGUGGGCUAAGCUAUCAGCCGAGCUCCAGUAUGUGAAGGGGAAGGACAACAGAAAAAAAGUGAUAGCGAAGGAACAACUCGAUGUUGAUGCCAAGCUCGCUGCCCAACUCGAUGAGAAGGAGCAUCGAGAUAGCGGCAUGAUGAUCGAGUGCCAAUGCUGUUUCGGGGAAGUGCCGUUUCCUGAGACUACCCAUUGUGGCGAAGGAAGUCAUUUCUUCUGUCUCGAUUGCGCUCGGCGGAAUGCUGAAAACGAAAUUGGAAUGUCCAGAUGCCAGUUAUUUUGCAUGGACGGCUCUGGGUGCAGGGCGGAAUUUUCUGAAUCGGAAAUUUCGCGAUUUCUCGAUGAAAAGACGAUCAUGGCCCUUGGAAAAUUGCAGAUGGAAGAAGUUUUGCGUUCAGCUGACAUCCAAGGACUCGUUCAAUGUCCAUUCUGCGACUUUGCUGCCAUUUGCGCACCCAUUGAGGAGGAUAAGGAGUUCCGUUGCGAGAACCCAGACUGCAUGGAGAUCAGCUGUAGACACUGCCAAAAGAAGUCUCACAUCCCGCUUUCUUGUGCGGAGGCAGUGAAGGACGAUGUGAUAUCCAUCCGUCACGCCGUUGAAGAAGCUAUGACUGAAGCGCUGGUGAGAAAGUGCAAUAAAUGCAAGAGUCCGUUCAUCAAGGAAGAGGGAUGCAACAAGAUGAUAUGUCACAAGUGCAGGAGCAUGCAAUGUUACGUUUGCUCCAAGACGAUCGAUUCGUACAGCCACUUUAACGACAAAUCGAGAGGUGGCCAAGUGGGUAAUUGUCCUUUGUUCGAUAACGUCGAGGCAAGGCACGAAGACGAAGUCCAGAAAGCGGCAGAGGCAGCCAGGAAAAAGAUUCGCGAGGAGCACCCGGAUCUCCAAGAUGAUGACCUCAAUAUACGGCUGUCCGACGAGGUCAAACGGCGAGAAGAGGUUCGCCUACGGCAGGCGGCCCAGCGAUAUCCCCCGGCCGGCAAUGUUCCUCCCGCUCCUCCCGCUCCUCCCGCUCCUCCCGCUCUUCAAGACCGCCUUCACGCGUACGGAAUCCGAGAAGCUCUCCGUCGGGAUCAGGAAGCUCUCCGUCAGAAUCAGGAAGCUAUGGUUCACGGACCAGGUCCCGUCCGCGCACCGGGUCCCGUCAACGCACCAGGUCCCGUCAACGCACCAGGUCCCGUCAACGCACCAGGUCCCGUCAACGCACCAGGUCCCGUCAACGCACCAGGUCCCGUCAACGCACCAGGUCCCGUCAACGCACCAGGUCCCGUCAACGCACCAGGUCCCGUCAACGCACCAGGUCCCGUCAACGCACCAGGUCCCUUUGACGUACUAGAUCGCGUCCAGAUGAUGCGAGGGCAUUUCCCCGUACGCCAGGUUGCAAAUAUGUUUGACAACCUAGCUGGGCAUCCGCAUGCCGUCGAUUUGAUCCGCAGGUUGGCACCACCUCCACAAGCUCGGGGACACCAGUUUGCUCUUGUAAAUCAUCCCGUACCACUGCCUAGGGGACAUCCUUUUGCUGCUGUAAUAAAUCAUCCCGUACCACUGCCUGGAGCUAGGGCACACCCUUUUAAUGCACAGAAUGCACCACCGAACAACGCCCAACUAUACGCCCAGUAUUAUUAUGAGGCAAUUGCACUGGGCUUGGACCCACCCGGUGCGCCACAACCACGUGCUGCCCCUGCUGCGCCUCAACCUCAAGGUGGCCUCCCACACGGUCUUCUUCAGCAGCAGAAUCGCCAUCACGGAUGAUGAACCGACUCCGCCGUGGAAUAGCAUCAUUUCGGGUGUUUCUUUUUUUCCUUCUUCCGUACCUUCUUCCGUGCCUUUUUCCUUACCCUUUUUCCUUACCUUUUUCAUCGGCAUUUACAUCAGUGGGUUUGGGGGCGUGGCAAAGGUUUCGGGGUUUGAAUUCAAUACGGUGUACUGGGCUGGGCGUUGGAUGUGCCGGUUUCUUUUCUUUUCUUUCUUC